AUGAUCAAGACAGCGAUUAUAAGUGACGAGGUGGAAGAUGUCGUUCACGUUCUCGGUGAUCCGCAUGGAAAGACGGAUAUGCAACGAGUAUCGCCGGUGCAGUUUCUACGCGAUCGCGAACUAGGUAUACGCGGAACUGGUGAACGCGUCGUGAGACAGGGAGUCGUUGUCAACCAAGAUUCCGUGUGUACGUGGCCUCAUCACAUGAAACGAAAAGUGUACAUGUGGUUUCGCGAGAAAGCGUACGACGACUACGAAAGGUACUGGUUCGAGUACGAAUGUAGGAAUAAAAAACGGAAAUAUCAACACGUAGAUGAUCUGGAGAACGAGUACUACUGGGCGGAGCAAAUCGUCAGAAAGCUCGAGUGUACCAAUCUGUACAUUACAAUUCCCGCGGGUAGCGAGAGGUACGUCGAGUUGUUAAUGAUAGACCCGUAUACCUACGGCGAGUGGAAGUAUCCAGCCGCUGUACAACGACUGCUCGACGAGCACAGGCUGCUAUGGCGGCGUGAAUUUCACGAACGUCUGAUGACAACGAACGAUAUUUUGGCGAACGAUGGCGAUAUUUUCUGCAACGUUUGCAACGUCCUUCGAGAAGAGUGCAUGUAUCAGGGAGCAGCUAAGCAGGAAAAACAUAAAUUAAGACGUUCUGUGUGGACUAAGCCGUAUUUAUUGCGAAGAAAGUUUAGUGGUAUGCAUCACAACUUAUUUUUAGAACUUUCUCUUGAAGAUCCGAACCGAUUUCGAAGAUGUCUACGCAUGAACGCUGAUAUCUUUGAAUAUCUUGUUAAAAAAAUAACUCCUAUUGUUAAAAAAAAAGAAACUCAUUUAAGAGAAAGUAUAUCUCCUGCUGAAAGACUCUCUGUCACCUUGCGUCAUCUGGCUACUGGAGAAUCACUUAGCCUACAAUUUAGAAUUGGUCAAAGUACAAUAUCGGCAAUAAUAAAAGAAGUAUGUGCAGCAUUGAUCACUACUUUAAAAGAUGAGUUUCUUCGUAUGCCAAGAUCUGCAGAAGAAUGGAACUGUAUUUCUUACGACUUUGGACAGAGGUGGAAUUUUCAUCAUUGCAUCGGUGCAAUGGAUGGAAAACAUAUCCGAAUAGAUCUUCCUUUCAAAUCGGGAUCAGCUUAUUACAAUUACAAAGAUUUUGCGAGUGUUGUAUUAUUGGCUGUCGUUGAUGCGCAUUUGAGAUUUAUAUAUAUUGAUUUAGGCUGUAAUGGGAGAUUGAGUGACUCUCAUAUAUGGAACAAGUGUAGCUUCAAAUCUCACUUGAACAGUAAUAAUCUUUCUUUGCCUCAACCAUCUCCAUUACCAGAAUGUAACACCAAUUUUCCGUAUGUAUUAGUUGGCGAUGAGAUUUUCCCUCUCACAACGAAGUUACUCAUUCCAUAUCCAAAAGAUCAAUGUCGCAAUCGGCUAGACAGAAGAAUUUUUAAUUAUAGACUAUCACGUGCUAGACGCUGUUCAGAAAAUGCAUUUGGUGUACUAGGUCCAAGAUUUCAGAUUUUUCGGACAGCUAUGAGAUAUGACCCUGAUGAUGCAAUUAGAAUUACAAUGACCUGCUGUUGUUUGCAUAAUAUGUUGCGCAGUCAAGCUAUAGGUUGUGCUAUGUACACUCCACCAGAUUUCCUCGAUGAAGAAGAUAUAUUAACAGGUCAUAUGAGAUUUGGUGAAUGGAGACUGGAAUCAACUAAUGGCUUAGCUCAAUUGUGUCAUCAAGGUGGAAACCACCAUGCAACUGAUGCUCGCCUUCUUCGAGACACUUGGACUGAAUAUUUUAAUAGGCCUGGGGCUGUACCGUGGCAAGAGCGAGUCGUACUUGGUCAAAAUGCAUCUUAA